AUGAAGUUGAUUUGUAUUUUUCUCCUUUGCCUCUGGUCCUUUAGUGCUGUGACAAGUGCCGAAUCUUCUUCGCACGUGGAUGCGAGCCAUCGAUCCUUGAUCAUUGGAGGUCAUAAUGCCCAACCCGGCCGCUACCCCUACUUUGCCACCUUUGACCAUUUUGGAGGAGGAAUCCUCAUUGCCCCUGAUAUCAUUUUGACGGCAGGACACUGCAAUCCACCUCUGGACCAACCAGUCAAAGUACGCAUCAACCAUGACAAAUUUCAAAGCACCGACUUUGCCAAGGAACCUGAAGAUGAGGAGACCUUUUCCAUUGUCAAAAUUGUCCAACAUCCUGACUUCUACACCAUUUCUUGGGAUGAAACCGUCAAUGACUACAAUAUCUUCAAGAUUAGUGGAUUUUCCAAAGAAACUCCCGUCAAGUUGAACCGUGAUGCCACCCUUGCGCUUGACGGACAAAUCGUCGCGGUCAUUGGCAUGGGAAGUAUGAAACCGGAUCCGGCUACCUUUGUCGAAACAUCCGCCACGACAUUGCAAGAGGUGGAUUUAACCGUCCUGUCCCAUGACCAAUGCGAAGAAGCCUUUGAUCCUGCUCGACCGGAUCAAGCCUACAAGGGCCGCAUCUUUGAGGACCGGAUGAUCUGUACAUCGGGAGGCCCGCACAAUGAAAAGGAUGCAUGUGCCUUUGACAGUGGCAGUCCCUUGCUUCUCACGUCGGACAAUUCCAACCAAUCGGAGGAUCUUGUCGUAGGACUGGUGAGCUGGGGCGAAGAAUGCGCUGAUCCCUUCUUUCCGGCUGUCAACGCCAGAGUGUCGUUUGCCAUGAAGUGGAUUGAUGAGACGGUCUGUGCGCUCUCCGAUGCUGAUCCCUCCCUCUUGACCGAGUUUGGCUGCGCACACGAGACAUUGUCACUGACGGUGGUGGUUGCCAAACUGGCGCCCUGGAACCUUUUCCAGCAACAAUCCCCUGGUAGGAUGUCCUUUUCGGCAGUCCCCGGAAUGUUGCUUGCCAUUAUUGUGGCCACUGUGGUGCAUCGACGACGAAACACUGGUAGACGUGUGACGAUCGAAGAGUUACCAUUGCAGGCCGCCGAUGCCGAUGGCGUACGGCCUUCGUAUGAUACGCUUCAGUAA